AUGGAAUACGUUUUCGUUGACGAUUUACACCGAUACAAGAGACUAAAGGUUACACGUGCUUGCGAGUCUUGUCGUCGAAGAAAAGUGAAAUGUGACGGAGGCUCGGGCGGCACUCAAACACCUUGCUCGAGUUGUCGAAAAUUAAAGAUUGAUUGUAUAUUUUCAAAUAUGGCGAUAAAACGAGCCGCCCCAAAAACAGAAGCCGAGCAAAUGGACGAACGACUGCAACGAGUGGAAAGUCUGCUGAAUAAACUUGACGAGGAUGAUAAGCAGGCAAAGAAAGUAGUAGACACCGUCGAUUAUGUUGAUUCGCUGACAGAUGUCUUGGGUCAUAUGAAAAUAGAAUUUAACGGUCGUGCAAGAUAUAUAUACUCCGAGGAAGGACGGUUACUCAGAGAAGGCGAAAAAAAUAAUGGUAACGGUGAGGUACAAGAAAUGAUGACUCUCACUGAACCACCACUCCCAUUCGCAUUCACAAACAUCGGUACGCCUGGUUCAGAAUUGGCAAAUAAUCUGGUACAACUUUACUUCAAACACGUGCAUCCGUACGUCCCAAUUCUGCACAAAGUGGAUUUCUUACGUCGAUUAAAUGACAAAUCCAAUCCAAUCUCACCUCUACUAUUAUACUCGGUAUUCGCAAUGGGUGCUAAAUUUUCGGAAGACCUAGCGGUAAGAAGCGAUCCAAUGAAACCGGAAACUGCUGGCUUCCCUUAUUAUAACCGUGCCAAAGAUUUAUUAGACGAUUUUUUGGACACUCCAAGAUUAUCAACGGUACAGGCUCAAAUAUUAAUGUUGAGAUUCCAGGAAGGAAUUCGUCGACCUGGUUUCUUUUUUAGAAGUUGGUUAUACUUUGGUGUGAUAGUCCGAAUGGCUCAGGACUUGGGUCUAAAUAAAAAUUUCGACAAAUGGAAUAUACUUAUUUCUCGCGAAGAUUUAAUUGUAAGAAAACGAGUUUGGCAAAUAUGCUUCUUAUGUGAUCAGCUGAUGAGUGGAACACAAGGACGUGAUGUUGUAAUAUCUUUGAGUAACGCUGAUAUUGAACUACCAUCAAAAGCAGAUUAUGAAGAUGAAGAAGAACUGCAAAUCCAAACAGAUUUUGUACAUCUUGUACGACUUACCAAAAUUCUUUCUAGUGUUAUGUCUGUUAUUGCUUCUGCUGGAUCUGGUUCACCAUUGGCUGCAUGGUCAUCAAAUCCAAAAUUGCAAACUCUUGACACUGCAUUAGAUGCAUGGAUAUUAGCAUUACCACCAAGACUUCAAUGUCCGCCAGCAUUGGAAAUUACUAGUAGUUCUUUACCACGACCUCCUGUUUCACAUUUCGCCGGUUUCUUGAAUAUUCUCUAUCAUACAAUCUUGAUUCUUUUGCAUAGACCGUAUAUCACGAGUCUCGAUAAUUCAAAGGUUUCAGCACCACAUCCUCAACAUGUGAACAUUUGUACAGUUGCAGCCAACAGUAUUUCACAGACUGCGCAAUCAAUGUUUGAAACUUGGGGUCCAUUAGUAUUUCAAUAUCCGUUAAGAGGUGGAAAUUAUGGUGUCUAUUGUUUAGUUGCCGCUUCAAUGAUUCAUCUCGUGAAUAUGGGAUCAUCCGAUAUGAGAUUCUCGAGACCAGCAACAGAUCAUUUAUUGAGAACUUUACGAGUGCUUAAAGUUUGCGUUGAACAUAGUGCUGCCUGGGAAUUACGUGAUAAAGUGUUGUCAUUGGAAUCAGCAUUCACGGCUGCACAACAACAUCCACCUGUAUUGAUGAUGUUUAAUACAGCAAAUCAAAUGAAUAUUGCUAAUUGUGCUGCUAAUCAUAUUCAACAUGCCUCAUAUCCAACAUCGACAACACCACCACCAACAAAUAAUGAUAAAGUUAGAAGACCAUUACCCAAAAGAAGAGCAACAACACAAAAUGUUUCAUCAACAAUAGGUGAUAGACCUUUGUACCUUUUAGAUGAGCUGUCAUGCGAAUCUCAAACAUUCAUGGAUCCUGAUAAUUCGGCAAAUACAGCAACAGCGAUGGGACAACCAUUUUUCAUGAAUUCACAUAAUAAUAAUAACCAACAACCUCAACAUCAUCAGCAUUCAAUGGAUGAGGCAACUGCAAUAUUAAAUUCAUCGCUGGUAAAUAUUCCGAUCCAUGCUAAUACACAAUUUAAUGGUCCAAUCACCGAAUCAUUUACGUCAAUGUUGGCAAUGAAUAAUCCACAUUCAACAAAACAAAUGGAUUUAACCGGGUCUGUUGAUCCUAAUAAUACUUUUUGGGAUCCUGAUUCAUUAUUAGUUUGGAAUCAACAGCAAGUUUGGUCAUCAGCAGCUCCUGGGACUGGCGCAAUUAGUCCAGUGAGUAUUAGCACGCCUUCAAAUACAACUGCGCCAUCAACUGGUCAUCAAUCACCAAUAAUACAAUCAGUUGGAUCUCCAUCUACAUCACUGGAUCAAAUUCAAUUCACUUCUAAUAACAAUAAUACAGGUGAUCAUCAAUCACCGAUAAUACAAUCGGCUGGAUCUCCAUGUUCUUCAUCGCUGGAUCGAAUUCAAUUUACUAAUGCAAGAUCUGCUUCACCUGUUGGAUCAUCAACGUCAUCAGUAUCAACACCUGCUCAUAUAUCCCAACAAUUAACACCUGUGUUGGAUCCUGUGAUUCUUCCAUCACAAAAUCAUGAUGAAUUAUUAUUAUAUUCAACAAUGUAA